AUGUCCCUGCCUCGAGCUACUCGAUCCAUCAUGUCUGCAAUUGAAUGUCUGCAUCUUCGUCCGCGCAAGUUUGCGCCUCUGGAUCCAGCCCGGACAUCAAAUGCUCCGCUCUUGAAGGGCAUUGUGUUUGAUGUGGAUGGAACACUGUGUCUUCCACAGCACCACAUGUUCAAUGAGAUGAGAGAAGCCCUAGGAAUUGACCGCUCAGUCGAUAUCCUCCACCACAUCCGAGAACUCCCCACACCAGAAGACCGCGCAGCAGCAGUAUCAAAAGUGCAAGCCGUAGAGCGGCGAGCAAUGGUAGACCAACAACCGCAGCCCGGUCUCCUCCGACUAAUGGACUAUCUCAAAUCACGCGGAUUACGGCGAGCACUUUGCACGCGGAAUUUCGAAGCACCUGUCAAGAACCUGGUAGACAAUCAUCUCCCAACACACGUCUUCUUACCAAUCAUCACGCGCGACACGCCCAAUCUCCUGCCGAAACCUGAUCCCGCUGGCAUUUUGCAUAUUGCAAGUGAAUGGGGAUUGGGGAACCGGGCUGAGAGUAUGAUUAUGGUUGGUGAUAGCAUUGAUGAUAUGACAUCUGGGCAUAUGGCCGGCGCCGCAACGGUAUUGCUUGUCAAUGAGCGUAAUAUGCAUUUGAAGGAGCAUGCCCAUACUGAUCUUUGUAUUUCGCGGCUGGAUGAGCUGGUGGAUAUUCUUGAGCAGGGGUUUUUGGGAACUAGGGAGAAUGAAGAAUGUCGCCAGUAG